ACCAUUUUUUCUUUAAUUUUUUUACAAAAACGUGGAUGACUAAUUUUUUUGUAUUUUGUUCAUUUUUAGAUAUACAAAACUUUUUUUUUGUCUUCUUCUCAGACGCUUCUUCAUCUUUUGAUUUUUCUCCAAAUAUUUCAUAACACUGAAAACUCUUAUGCUCCUCCUUCUCCGUUUAUUUCCUCUCCUCCACUAAUUCAAAUUUGGCUCAGGUUGAGGAAACAAAGGACUGAAAGGAAACCAGAGAAGGAAGAACCGGGCAUGAGAGGUGGAUACAUGACGGUGUCGACGGUGAAGGAGGCGAAGGAGGCGGAUAGGAAAGCGGCAGCGGUGGUGUUGGAGAUAACAGAGGAAGAAGAGGAUGCGGCAGAGGUGGUGUUGGAGAUAGAACGAGAGUGAAGUGAGUUUGAUGUAGACACAGUAUGUCUUGAAGAGCACGGCCAAGAAACUACGAAGAAGGUAGAGAAAAUGGUACUCUCUCUCUCAAACCCCACCAGAGGAGAGGAUACUGAUGCUUCUUUCUUUACUUGCUUUUCACGGACCUUUUUAUUAAUCUUUCACUUAGUCAAUUCUGAUAACAUUUAUAAAACAAGGUUUUAUUGAAAUAUAAAAUAGCUUAUUAAAGCUUUAUUUUAAGUGAAAGAAACUAAAAGGAAAGAAAGAAACUUAGAGAUGUCACCUGUAGGAGAUGGAUUACAUCCCUCCACAAGGCCCAUCGAAUAACAGGUUCUAAUCCAGCAAGUCGGAUUGAUUUGGUCGGUUCGGUGGCUAAACCUAUCGGCUUGACCUUAGAGUACUUUUAGCCGGUCGAGUAAGUCGGCUAAAAGUGCCCGGCUUAGAGGGAGCCUCGUUUCGGCCCGUAUACUCGGCUUCUCGCAUUAAGGCCCAAAGGGGCACAAAAUUAGGGCAUCUGGGGAAGGAGUCCUAUAAAAAGGGAAAAGGAAGCAACAUGAGAGGGACUUUUGGACCAGUGAACACACUGAGCGGCUAGAUCUAGGGUUUUAGGUUAUCUCUUUGAUCUUGUUACUGUUCGAUCUUGUUGCUCUUGAAUCUUCUUGUCACUCUUGUAACCCUUCAAACCAGAUCUAAAUAAAACGUCUUUAGCCAUCCCAUUUCUGACUUCUUCCAUCUUAGUCGACUGAAUCCCGUUCAAACAAUUGGCGCCCACCGUGGGGCUGACUAAAGUAACGUUCUAGAUCUACAUGGUUCAAGAAGACGCCACCUUCGGCGCUCCGGGAGCUGAACCGACCCCAACGCCCGAAGCCGCGCCACCCAUCGCCGCAGAUUUCAUGAGCACUAUCAUGGCUCGACUUGCUCGUCAAGACGAAGUCCAAAAGACGACCAACGACCAACGACCAGUUAGCUGCUCUGGUCGCGGCCCUCACAGCUCCCGACGGUCAAACAAGCCGUCCCAAGCAGAUACGCCGUCGCCUCUUUAACACCAACCCGACGGCGACCGGAGGCGACCAUAUCUCAGGCGACUCCGAGCCUAACAAAACCCUUCUCGCCGACCACCCCCCAGUAGGUUCUGAUCUCGCAACCAUACGCGAGCUCGCCGAGCUCAAACUCAGCUUCCAACAAAUGAGCGAGAAGAUCCAUCAAGUAACCAGCGCGGCCCCGAAAAUCGAGAGCGUUCUCGCCGCAACAUCACGCACUCCGUUUACUAGCGCUCUGACCAGUGUCCAACUCGGAAAGAUAAAGAAGCUGCACCUACCCGAGUACAAACCCGGCGGAGACCCAGUGGAACACAUGACAGCUUUCAACAUUUUGAUGGCACGAGCUCGACUCCUAGACGAAGAAAGGGACGCAGGCUACUGCCAACUGUUCGUCGAAACUCUCCACGAGCAAGCCCUAACCUGGUUUUCCCAGUUAGAAGAAAACUCCAUCGGAAGCUUCCGCGACUUGUCAGCAGCUUUUCUCAAGACUUACAUUAUGUUCACCAAGCGCAGCGCUACUGCCUCUAGCUUGUGGAACCUCAACCAAACCAAAGACCAGAGCCUCCGCGACUACAUGGAGAAGUUCAAAGCCGUAGUCUCGAGGAUUAAAAUUCCAGACGGUAUCGCCAUCGACACCUUACGGAACACGUUGUGGGUUCGUUCUAAAUUCCGAGAGGAUUUAUACCAAAACCCAACUACGUCGCUCCAGGACGCUAUCGCGCGAUCUGACAAUUUCAUCCGAAUGGAAGAAGAUACUAACGCCAUUCUCAACAAGAUGAAUGCACCCAAAGCUCCAGCGGCUAAAAACGCCAACACGCGACAAGAACCGCGCUCCAACCGACAAAAACGGCCGCAAAGACGGAUACAUGUAUGUCGUCAACGAGAAUAACGUGCCGGUUUUAACUCUCGUAGUCCGCGGAGAGGGAUGGAACAAGUGGGUAAGGGAGCUCGAUUCGUCCGACAAACCAGUCGACGCCGUUUGCUCGACCUAGACUACAACAGCAGCAGGAUCAGCUGCAGGACCUUCCAAAACCGUCGAUCUCACCAAACACUGUAAGUAUCACGAUGUCAAAGGGGACGAUACGACAGAGUGCAAAUCACUCUAUGCGCACUACCUCUCCUCCUUAGCAAGUGGCGACUUCAAGUUCGAACCACUAAAGGCUAAGCCGAAGAACGGCAAGAGCUGGAACAAGAAUAAAGAAAGGAGAGCCCAACGCAAAGCUACAUGCAAAAGUCGACACAUCAAAACUCAACAACGCGAUGACGAGGAGGACGCCCCGAAGAGUAAUGGCGAGGCAGACUCCUCGGCUGACGAAGAGCAACCAGCUAACCGCAGACGCAUUGAGGUCAUACUUUCCCAGCAAAACUUGUCGUCGGACGAUGAGAACGAUGACACACAUGUACUCGAAGAUUUGAGAGAUGUUCUGAAACGGAAGUUUGAAUCCGAAAACAGCAACAGCUCAACGCACAAUGAUCUCUGAACAAUGUUGAAUGCACGGAAGUCGCGGCGUAUCUCGGCAGUUGACCCUGAUCCCAAAGA